CCUAUCUACAACAAAUGAAGAACACCACCAACCACAAACUCUGAACCCUUCAAAGAAACGAAAUAAAGUUUUGGCUACCAAACUUCUCUGAAACUUUUUCUCCUCUCUCUUUUCUCUUUUCAUUCUCAUCUCAGUUGGAUGCUAGGUAGUUAAUCCCAGCGUUUCCCGGCAACAUCCCGCUGUCCCGGUGCGGUACAAUGCCUGACCGCAACGGCGUGUCCGCGACAGCGUGAAACAAGAUCCCGACGAGAUUUGGGCGAGAUCCCGCUAUCUCGGCAAAAUGAGUCGUUCACAGGAUCCACACCCAUCCCGAUCUUUCUUCCCUUUUGGAAAUCCUUUUCGCAUGAAAGCACCUAAAGGCUCUCACAUGUCUCCACAACUUCUUGCAGUAUUGCAAGCUUUUGAAGUAACAUUAGCAGAGAGGCUAAGAAAGCUUAUGCCUAAAAGCAAGGAUGAAAUCCUCAGCUUGUCUUGGAUGACUUUGGCUAUGAAGUCACUUUGCGAAACCCAUAAUGACGUACGAACCCUUAUAACAGAUCUUGAGCUGCCCGUGAGUGUUUGGGAUGAAAAAUGGGUUGAUGUCUACUUCGACAUAAGUACGAAGUUAUUAGACAUAUGCAACGCAUUUAGUUCUGAGCUUUCACGUCUGAAUCAGGGCAAUCUUCCGCUCAAGUGUGCACUGCACAAUUUAAAUCCAGCCUCAUCAAAGCAAUUUCAUCGAGCCUGUACUUUACUCGAUGAUUGGAGGCGACACAUUAGUGCUAAGAACCCUAGAAUUGAGAAGUGUAGCACCAUUUUAGAUGGUCUUGUGGGAACACUUGAUCUUCCCAAGGUUAAAAAUUCUGCAAAAGGUAAGGUUUUGAUGCAAGCUAUGUAUGGAGUCAAGGUGGAGACUGUAUUUGUUUGCAGUGUGUUUUCUGCAGCAUUCUCUGGCUCUUCAAAGAAGUUGCUAGACUUGGAUGUUGCUGACAUGUAUUCAUGGACUCCAGCUUUUAAAAGUUUACAGAGUCUUGUAAAUGAAGAAAUUAGAGUUAGAUUUUCCAGUGGUAAGUUUUCUGUAUUUAGUGAGUUGGAAGCGGUUGAUGCUGUCGUGAAGGAAUUACGUCCUACUAUCCAAGGUGGUGUAGAUACCGAAGACAAAGUUGAGAAAGAGUUGCUUCUGAAGACUGUUGAGGAAUUAGGCAUGGCUGCUGAGAAGCUUUCCCUAGGAAUGGAUCUUCUUGCAAAGGGAGUGGACGGUUUCUUCCAAGCAGUUUUGGCUAGUCGUGAUACUUUGCUAUCCUCUCUGAGGUUUGAUAAAACUGUAAAUGAUCGUGUCCUUGGUCGUAACAUAGAUCAGCAAUUAGUCCAUUGACUAUACACUAGUCUUAUUAAGGUAGAUGUUGUGUUUGGGGGUUUUAUGUUUGUAUUCUUAGUAUUUGAUCCUAUUUGGUUUGUUAUAUUUAAGGGUAGCAUGGGUAGGUUAUCUGAUGAUAGUAUGGUUGAGCUAAAAUGUAUAUGUGUGAGUGGGGUGUUAUAUGUGAUGUUGAACAAUAUAAAAUAUAUAAAAAGUUUUAUUAUGUCUA